UGUCCGCAUUCAGUAGCAUCUGGAAUCGGUGCGAACCAUAAUUCUUCUUUUUGCAAUGAUCUAAGCAUCUCACAUUAUAAACCGUGUUGUUAUCAUAGGGUUUAAGUGAGUAGAAUAAUAACCUCUCAUUGCUGAAAGAUCCUGGGAGGGGUUAAAACCUUUUUCCUUUGCACUCAGUGGAGGAAACUCAACUGGAGCAUACCCUUGGAACAUAUUUGGGAAUUUUGCAACUUUAUCAGAGCGGAAAACCUACUUUCUUUCUGCAGAAAUGAUAAAGUGCCCAGAAUAAACAACCGGAUACCGCAGGAGCUCUCCACGCUGUCUCUGCGGCAACAUUAUGGGAAUAUUGGAGUGAUUGUCCUCGGGGCGGAGGGGGUUUGCCGGACUGUUAUUUUCCCAUAGAGCAGAUCUGAUCUGAGGGCAGAGGGGAGCUAAAUGCGGCUGACUGGCGACCCUGCAGCGGGAACCAUGAACAGCAGCAGCGGGUCCGGCAACUUUCUGCUGGUGCCCAUUCCGGAGUAUCCCCUGCUGGACUGUGUGCCCAACAAGACGGUGAAGAUCGUGGUGCUGGGGGCCAGCAACGUCGGGAAAACCGCUCUGAUUGUCAGGUUCCUGACCAAGAGGUUUAUAGGAGAUUAUGAAGCAAACACUGGAGCGCUCUACUCCAGAAAGGUCACGCUGGAUGGGGAGGAAGUGUCACUUCAGAUCCAGGAUACUCCCUGCGUCGCUCUCCAGGAUGAUGCUGAAGGCCUGUACUGCCAGGAGCAGAUCAACAGGUCGAUCUACUGGGCAGACGGUUACGUGCUGGUUUUCUCCAUCACGGACCACAACAGCUACCGCACCAUCCAGCCGCUGUACCAACACGUGAGGCGCAUACACCCCUCUGGAAACAUUCCCAUUAUGCUGGUUGGAAACAAGAGCGACCUGCUCAGAGCCCGACAAGUGCCGGCAGAUGAAGGCGAGACGUUAGCAGCUUCACUAGGAGGAGUUUACUUUGAGGCCUCGGCCAGAGAGAACCACGAGGGAGUCCACGCCGCCUUCUUACAUCUCUGUCAGGAGGUGAUCCGUGGAGGUGGGAACGGGGAGAAACGAAGAGGAGGCCUCCACCUGGCCAGACCUAAAUCUCCUAACAUGCAGGAGCUGAAGAGGAGGUUCAGGCAGGUCCUCUCCUCCAAAGUCAAGUCCUCCACAACUCUCUGAUUGAAGGACGGGUCCAAAAAUAUCAUCGCACAAAUAAGAGCAUCCAUGGAAAUAGAAGCUGCUUUGAUGGAAGGCCGAAGAAACCUCUAUAUAAAUACUUUUACGUUUGGGAACUGAAGCCGUAACGUUUCUUUGGGGAUCAAAGCAUUUUAAAGAAGCACAAGCGGUUGUCAUCAGACGAAGACAAAGACUGAAUGGAGCUGUAUUUGCUCCUCUCUGUGUUUUGGACGAAGCUGAUGGUCAACAUGACCUUUUGGAAGCUGCUCAGAGUGAACGAGCCACCAGGCGGCUGAACAAAGCGCUCGUGUUGUGUCAGAAACUCGCCGUGUUUACCGUGAAGGACAGUGAGUGCGUCGGACCAGGCCUCAGCUUAUUUGAGGCCGAUGGCUGCCAAAAAAUGAAAAGCAAUCAUUUAAUCAAAGUGUAAUUUGACUUUUGUAUUUGUGCAUAGCAUUGUGUCAUAGCUAUAUACUUCUUAUGCUUCCAAGAUGCCAUAAUCUAACUGAUAAAGACACAAUAAACUUGAUUUUCUGCUAAAGCUCAGCCCAAAGAAGAAGAGUUCAGUAUUGUGUGGAGUUGUUGUCGUCCAGACGACUUUUCCUCCCAACGAGAAGGAAUUUCUGAGCUUCUUGGUACCAGGAGACGCUGUUCAUGGGUCAAAGUCCAGAACUGUGGAUGGAAUUGAUGAAAUACAGACUGUUCUAAGAUUUGGGAAGUGUGUGUGUGUGUGUUUUCUGUUCUCAUGACCUCUUCUCUCAGUGACACACACACAAAAUCCCAAGUAAAGACAAAAUUCCUCAGCAUCUGGAAUUUCCUUCUCGGUCACUGAACCGCCACUCUAACCCUUUUUCUUUUUACACACACAAACACACACCUCGAAAAUUGUCUGGUGACCCUGACUCGUGACCUUAUUUGCCCUUUGCCCUUUAAAAGCAGCUGGGCUCCAUCAAGAGUCUGGAAAAAGGUUGAGAUAAAGUCUGUGUGACAACAA